GGGGCGCUGGAGGCCCGGGCGGCCGGGGCGCUCCUCGCGCCCGCGGGUGCGGGGCCCGGCGGCUGUGAGCGCGGCGGCGGCGGCCGGGCUGGGAGCGGGGGCGCCGCCGGCCUCGGCGCCUUUGUUCUCGCGCUGCCUCCCGCCGCCCACUCCCCGGCUGUCGCGGCGGCGGCGGCUCCUCCCGCCCGGGCCGUGGGCGGAGGGAGGGGGCGGGCGGGGGGAGCGCGCCGGCCGGCGGGCGCGGGGGGCGAUGGCGAAGCUCCGGGUGGCUUACGAGUACACGGAAGCCGAGGACAAGAGCAUCCGGCUCGGCUUGUUCCUCAUCAUCUCGGGCGUCGUGUCGCUCUUCAUCUUCGGCUUCUGCUGGCUCAGCCCCGCGCUGCAAGACCUGCAAGCCACGGCGGCCAACUGCACGGUGCUGUCGGUGCAGCAGCUGGGCGAGCUGUUCGAGUGCACCUUCACCUGUGGCGCCGACUGCAGGGGCACCGCGCAGUACCCCUGCGUGCAGGUCUACGUGAACAACUCCGAGUCCAACGCCCGCGCGCUGCUGCACAGCGACGAGCACCAGCUCCUGGCCAACCCCAAGUGCUCCUAUAUCCCUCCCUGUAAGAGAGAAAAUCAGAAGAACUUGGAAAGUGUCAUGAAUUGGCAACAGUACUGGAAAGAUGAGAUUGGUUCCCAGCCAUUCACUUGCUAUUUUAAUCAAUUUCAAAGCACUCGCCUCAGUUUCAUCUUGGAUAAAAUGGGGCCAGGACUAGCCGCUAACGGAGAGUGGAUUGUGGAGUUGCUAUUCUCACAGCCUCUCGAAUCUGGGAAGAAUCUUCCAGUCAUUCACUCCAACCCGAAACCAGACGACGUGCUCCUGCAUCGCACACAUGAUGAGAUUGUCCUCCUGCAUUGCUUCCUCUGGCCCCUGGUGACAUUUGUGGUGGGCGUUCUCAUUGUGGCCCUGACCAUCUGUGCCAAGAGCCUGGCCGUGAAGGCAGAAGCCUUGAAGAAGCGCAAGUUCUCUUAGAGGGGAGCAGACGCGUGGAAAGCAAAGCACAGAAGCUGCACCCAUUGGCUCACAUCUGCCUGCAGAGCCUGUUUCCGGCGCAGGAGAUGGAAGGGGCUGUGAGAGGUCUCUGAGAGGCUCCUCCCUUGAUGCAGCAGCAACAGGCACAACUGGAAGACCUAGAACCUCAUAGAUAACGUUCUGUGUGUUGUAGCCAUGGCUAAAGGGUCCAGCUCUUAGCUGUAUGGAGUACAUUUCAGAAAAUCUGAUAAAAUGUUAAUUUUUUUGAAAGUCACAGUGUAUAAUUGUACAGUGUAGUAUACAAAUUAUUAUGAUUUAUGGUAUUUAAAAAUAUUAAACUAGAGUGGUCUGUG